AUGCAAUUCCAAAGCCCCCUCCUCCUCGUCAUCAUGGCCGGCGCUGUCUCCGCCAACUACAGCACAGCCUGGUGUGAAAAUGAAGCCGGUACAAAACUAGUCAGAGAGUCUCAAGCGGCAUGCGGCUCCAGCGCCACUGCUGGCUGCACGGAUUGCCAAUAUGGGGUUGGUGCCGAAGGGCCCGCUUGCACCAGUGCAAGCAAGCCUCCCAAAAUUGCAUCCGACACUUGGGAUGGAUACUGUAAAGCAGCUGGUGCUUUCGCUGGGAAAGGCUUAGAUUGGAAGUAG